GUCGGACACCCCGGUGAUCCUUACACGCGCCUUUUCAGGCGGCUACCUCGGAUAGACGAAGCGGCGUGUGCGGCGGCUGACGGAUGGAACAGCGCAACAGUCGCGCCACGCCCGUCGAUUACCGCGCCGUAAUUAUUGCCGAGUGCGCGCGUGGGAGACUCUGCUGUCGUGGGACCCAUCCGUCAGCGACGGCAAAAUCUACCGCAUUGAAUGCGGCGGAUUCGGGCCGUGGCGGCGUAUCCGCGCGCCGUGGCAGAAUAAAAGCAAGAGAGGGGGGACUGUUUGGGCUCACCUGGCCAUUUGCCUUCGUCUCCCUUGCCUUCUUCACCUCCCCUGCAUCCUGAGCCCGCAGCAAAGAGCGAGAGGAAGAAGGAGAGAGCGAGAGCGUACCUUAGGCACCACAAAGCUUGUCUUCCCACACCUCCCCGUAGUUCGAAGCCAUGUCAGAUAUCCGGGAGCCAGUGCCGUGGGGGAAGUCCACCGCCACGGAGGCGGUUCUGGAGCAGCUGGCGGCCGACCGGCUGCUACCAAUGAACAUGAGCCCGGAGCGGCCGGUGUGGAUUGCCCUGCAGCAGGAGGAGACCGAGCUAAAUCCCCCCGAAGGCUACGUCGUGAGCCUCGUGCGUCUGCACGAGCGGGGAUUCAGCGUCCCCGUCAUCAGGUUCAUGCGGGCAUUGUGUGAUCACUACGGAGCAGAGCUGCACAACUUCGGCCCCAAUUCCAUCUCGCAGGCGGCGGUCUUCAUCGCUGUCUGCGAGGGAUACUUGGGGAUCGAAGCCCACUGGGAUCUGUGGAUCCACCUCUUCCGCGGCGAGCUCUUCAUCUAGAACGUGCGGGGGCAGCCGAAGCGGUUCGCGCGCGCCGGAGGCCUGAUGCUCCAUCUGCGUCCGAGUCGGAAGAAUCUCUACAUCCCGAACAAGAUGACCACCAACAAUGCCGGGUGGACUCGUGGGUGGUUCUACCUGCGUAACUUCGGCAACAAGCUCCCGGCCAUCACCAACAAGGUGCAUCGGGAGAGACCAGCCAAGUGGGACUGGGGGGUGUCACCCCCAGGGCACCAAGCCAGGCUCGAGGUCCUCACCGAGGCGCUGGUGCACCUGGCGAGGAAGGGGUUGACGGCGGCUGCCAUCAUCACAAACUUCCACCAGCAGAGGGUGAUUCCUCUAACGGAGAGAAGCCUGCCGAUCUUCGGCCUCACCCCCAGGGUUCCGGCCUCGGGGUCGAGGACGUCGAUGGUACUGCUACCUCGAGGCAUCGCUGCCUAGAGGGCAAGGAAUGCGGUGGCGGAAUUCCCCAAUGAUGCAACCGAUCUCUGGGAGAUGAAGAUGCGCCCCGAGCCGGGGUUCCUUUCAUUGGUAAGUCUUCGAUUUCGAUCUGUUGUCGAUUCGUGUUAUUCCUUUCCCCCUCCUGCUUCCUGACUCCGAUUUAAUUAUGUCUUGCAGGGGGUGAGCCGCAGGUGCCACCCCUCGAGGCCUCCGAUCCCGGAGGAACGUGAGGUCAAUUGCCUUCACGCAAAGGUGGUGAAGAGGCGGAAGGAAGCGGCGGAGGCUGCCGCUGAGAGGAAAAGGAAGAGGAAAGCAAAGCACGAUAAGGCGUGCAAAAUCGCUCGCACGGAGGGGAAGCUGCGGCCUGCCACGCCCGAGUCCACGGAUGAGGAGGACGCCUCGGAUGCCGAGGCCCACCUUCCGGGUGGUGGCGAGGCGGCAACAGGUGCGGAUUCCCUGCCGGUCUAUCAAGAGGCCGGCGACGAGGACGCGCCAGCGACACCGCAUGAGGCGAGGCCCGCACCAGGGUCGUUGGCGAACCCGCCCCUCGUGGGGACAGAGCGAAGGUCGCCCACGCCGGUGGCGGGAUGAGGGUCACCCACACCGGCAGUGGGUGGAGGAUUGUCUGUGCCCGCAACAGAGUGGAGGUCGCCCCUGCCAGUGACGGGCGAGGGGGUCCCCGCGCCCAUGAUGUUGACGGGCGGCGAUGGGUCCGCGGCGAGCACGGAGAUGUCCGCGCAGAUGGCCUCGAGGCCUCAGCCUGCUCCAAGGGUGACACCCUCAGAUCAGGCGUCGAGGGGCGUCGGUGUGCCGCAGGCCCGAAGGAGCGGCACGGGCAAACGCAGCAUGAGUGCCCGGUCUGGCUCCGGGACUGUUGCCAAGGACGCGGCCCCGCUCGCACUGACCAAAGCCCUCAAGACCGGGAUGCGAGCCACGCCACACUCGGCGCCGCAGCCCCCGCCUGUCGUGGACAUCGUGGCGGAGGCCGCAAAGCUGCGGGAGGCCAUGGCACGAGGGGCUCAAGCGGCCCAACAGGCUCGAGCGCCGGGGAACGGGGACGAUGCCGGCCAGAGUGGCAUGGGAGCAGCCACCCCAACUGACGCUGUGGGGGAGGCCGGCCGGGGCGGUGUAGACGACGCCGCCCGGCCGGACGUCGAUGCCGAGGUUGGUCGGAGCGGCACGGAUAGCGCCGCCCGGCUGGUCGCAGAGGAAGGAUCUGGUGGGGGGCGCAGGAGCGCCCCGCCAGCCAGGCGGAGGCAGAGACCCUCGUCCCCGGGCCCCCGGGGGCUGUGGUCGAGGGAGUCACGGAGGAGUCGGCGCAGAGGGCACCGAUGGUGGAGGAAGCCCACGUCUCAGUGCCCGCAGAGGGCCAGGAUCAGGGUGUCGUUGUGGUGAUAACGGCGCAGACGGUGACGGCGCAGACGGUGACGGCGCAGGCGGCGGCGGACAGCGUGAUCCCGGUGGUGCAGCUGCCAGACAGCAGCGAGGAGUACGGGGAUUCGAGGGACAUCGACUCCGCUGCUGCGGCAAGCACCACCGACAAGAUCGCUGAGUUCACGUCGGCCUUCGCGGAGGUUCUCGACGAGGGGACAUCCGAGGGGCCCCAGCACGGGGCAAUCAUCUAGUCCAUGGUCCCCCCGGAGUUUCUCCGCGAUGAGCUAGAGGAGGAGGCCGUCUGGCAGGCGCAGAUCGAGGUAGGUUCUCAGAUUCAGAACCACCUCGAUCGUGCCCUAGAGCUCCAUCAGACGACAGAUUACCAGAUCAGCUAGGUAAGCGGCUCCUCCCCGAGAAUCGUUCAUAUUUUGGCCCUGAUUUUAUUUGUUUUACCCACGCCUUUCCUCUUGCAGCGGCUGAGGGACAUCUCACACAAGAAAAGCGCCAAGAUGACUCGGCUGUACUCCCAGGUACGCUGGCUUGGGCAGCACAACGCUGGCCUGGUGCUCCAGAGUGUCGAUGCCAACACGAAGAUGACGGAUCUGGAGGCGCGUCGGCAGGCGCUGGAGGAGGAGUUGGCGCGGACCGCCGGCGAGCGUGAUGUCCAAAGGGCUGCAGCAGAGCAGAAGGCUCAGGAAGCCAAGGCACAAACCGCCGAGCUGCAGCGCACUAGGACGGCGUUCAAGCUAAAGGAAGCUGAACUCCAGCGCAAGGAGGCUGAGCUCCAGCGCAAGAAGGCAACCAUCGCCACGCUGACCGGGACCCUCGAGGAGAAGGGCAAAGCCCUCGAGGAAAGGGAGGAGGCCCUCCGGAAUGCGAUGUUGUUGGGUUCUAGUCGUUCGUAGCUUAUCCUCGUUUCUUUGAUCAGAGUUAAGGCAGCAAGUGGCAGAUGAGAUAGUGGCAAAGGAGGUGGUCAACACCACGCUCAUGGCGGCGCAGGUGGAGUACGCUGACCUGGAGCGAACCGCCGUGAGCAUGUGCCAGGAGCUCGAGGGGGAGGGCUCCAUCUCUGGUAGCUCGGUGAUCAGCCGCCUGCGAGCGCUAGGUGGCCGGAUCACCAAGCAUGCCAAGAGCACCUUCCGUCUCGGUGUCCUGCGAGCCCUCGCCGUGGCCUCAAUGCACUACAUCAUGGAUCUCCAGAGGGUGUCGUCGGGGUACGUCGAUCCCAACGACGCCGAUGCGGACGCCGCGUCAGCUAUAAUGGACGACGCCGACGCAGCCGCCGAGGAGUUCGCCACUGCCUUAGCCGAGAAGCUCGAAGCUGACAUCCCCCCGAUAGCCGAGUUUGAUGCUGUUGCAGAUCCACAGAGGGGGGAUGAUAACCUGUAGGAAAGCUGGGCCUCGAAGCCCAUGUAAUGGAUUAGUGUUCGUUGUAAUCAUACUUAUGAAUUUAUGAAUAAAGAAAUUCGUUAUCAUUAAAUCGACA